CUCUUCUUGUUUGAUAAAUGAAAAGCCCCUAAAUGUCUUUGUCGUAUAUGGCAUGGAUGGUUAUUGUGAGUAGUUAUGCAUUAGAAGAUCUCAAUGCAUAUGAAACUAGGGCCUCCUAGGAUUUUAUCGCUUGCCAAAUCCAUUCCAUAUCAAAAUCGAAUUCAUCAUAAUAGCUCCCUGGGAAUACCGAGAUAAUUUUUGGGAGAAACCUCCCAAAACAACGAAACAUACUAUCAAAGUAUUCUAGAUUCUCAAUCGUUCCCACCGUAAACAUGACACUUUUCUGCUAUUUAUUUUGAAUCCCGUUACCGUAUGAAAGCACACUAAUGUUUCUAGAAGAUGGAGGACUUGAUCAACUGUAACAUCACAAUAAACAAUAGUAUCAUUGGCAUACAAAAGAUGUGCAAUUUCAACACUAUCCAAAUGAUCCGGGCCUAAUUGCACACAUUUUAUCCCCGUUUCCCUUGGGCGUUUGUAGCAUUUGAUUUCCUAAAAGGGUGGUUUUACGCUAGGUUGUGUGCGUUUUAGUGUGUUUCAGGAUCCAACAGGUGAAAUCAGCCCCGGAGUUGAAAGUUGGACGAAAAGAGGCAAAAAACGGACAAAGAGGGUGAUCCAAAAGAGGUUCACGGGUGAGCAUUGGAGUUCACGGUCCCCCUAUGGGCGUGAACUGAAGCCCAUAACCAUGAACCGCUAUGUGUCUAGGGAGAAAUCUGCAGUUACUGGCGCGAGGCGAGUUCACGGUCAACAAGACCGUGAAGAUUGAGACCAAACCGUGAACUCCUGAUGGCGAAGCGGUACGUUUCGACAUCGCGCUUGUGUUCACGGACGCGUUAAAGAGUCCACAGCCGUGAACUGAGCCCAAUCCUGGUAUAAAGGGUGAGCCGAAAGGAAGAGAGAAGGGGAGACCAUGUGUUAGGAAGUGUCUUCUUCUUCUUCAGAUUUUAGAGAGAGAAAGGACAAACCAAGGAAGAAGGAAGGCUAGGGUUUGCUCCAAGUGGUGAUUUGGGAAGAAUCUUCCCAAGAGAAGAUCAACACAAGCUUAGAGGAGAUUGGAGGCAUCACCAUGAUGGUUUCUACCUAUUUUUCUUGUGUUCUUCCCUUCCUAGCAUGAAGUAGCACUAUUUUUCACUUGGGUGUUGUGAAAACCUAACUAUUUGACAUGUAGUUGUAGUGUGACUUGAAUGAUUGUUUAUGGGUAUUGUUUAAUUAAAUGAUUGAGGUAUUUUUCAUGAUGAUUGUGCAUGUGUGUGCUAGCAAUCUAAUUGGCCAUUCUAACCUAGGUUAGAAGGAAACCCCCUUUCUAAAAGAGGCUCAAUUGAGUUGGGAUUCCUUGGGCUUGACAAGCCUCCUACCUAGGUUAAUGUAGGAAAAACCUCUAUCUUGAAUUAAGAAACUAGGUUAAUCAUGAUUAAGUCAUCCAACCAUUGGUUGGAGGGAGAAGGUAAGUCAACCCUUAAUUGCCUUAACCAAGAGGGCUACUCUUGUAGCCUAUAAUUUAUCCCUUGGUUUGGCAGUUGAGAGUAUGGUCCUCGACCAUAGUUGCACCUCCUAGCGGUUCAUGAUUGCCUUGCCCAUAAUGUCCCAUUCGAGUCCACGUGCCAUGGUAAUAGUUAGGGGGAAGCGACACCCGAGUGAUCCUUAUCAUCUAGAGCUUUGAAAGCAUUUACCCUUGCUUUGUUCUGAAAUCUCAUAGUUUUCAACCAAAAACCAAUUCGCUAGAUAAUGCUCAAAACAACGGAAGUUGGGGUACAUGGGUCGGCCCGGGUUGAUAUUUAAACAUACUUGCCCUAUAUUGCACCCAUCUAAGGUUUAUACUUGGGCCUUAGGUGGAAAUUUAUUGUGAUAUUCGGGACUAGUCAAGUUUUUGGCGCCGUUAACGGGGAAUUUCGGUCCGUUAUCUUGAAAAAGUUGUUUGGUGUCAAUCUAGCUUUUAAUUUUCAGCUUUGUUUGUUUGAGUGUUUUGCUUGUGCUAGACGUGGUUUUUUUCUAUAAGUGUGUGCAGGAAGAUGCAUGACCUGGAGCAAUCUGGCGCCCUUAGUACCGGUUGACGAGAACAUCAACCGGAAUCUUCGACUCAUAGCUCGGGAGAGGGAGUUAGUGGAAGCAAGAAGGAGAAGUGAAGAGAGGGGACAACAAUUGUGUCCCGGAGUUAGUGGAGAAGAAGUUUAAGGAGAAGUGGAUAUUGGAGUUGAGAUGGCAGAGAACCAAAGAGAAAGAGUAGCCGCCCAAGUUCACAACCAUAAUGAGGAGGCGGCCGAGGAGGAAGCCCCGAGGACAAUGGGGUAUUACAUGGCCCCACUAUUGGCGACAUUCAGUCGCCUAUCCUACACCCUCCCGUGGCGGCCAACAAUUUCGAGAUUAAGUCGGCCCUCAUGACAAUUAUUCAAAACAAUGCUUUGUUUAAUGGGCUCACAAGUGAAUCACCAAGGGAGCAUGUGCAACGAUUUCUUGAGCUCGCGGGGAGUUUGAAGAUUAAUGGCGUGCCAAUGGAAGCUUUGAAACUAAGGCUUUUCCCUUACUCACUUGCGGGGAAGGCACUUAGAUGGCUCAACAACCGACCACCUCGUUCAAUUACCUUGUGGGGUGAUCUUCUCAACAAAUUUAUGACCCGCUAUUGCCCUCCUUCGAAGACGGCCGAGUGGAGAAAGAAGAUCACCCAUUUCGAGCAAGAUGAAGAUGAAACCUUGAGGGAUGCUUGGGAGAGAUUCUCCGUUUAUUUUCUUCAAUGCCCUCACCAUGGGUUCGAAGAACAAUUCCGGAUUGAAACUUUCUACAGAGGGCUUAUACAUGAAGACAAGAUCCUCAUUGAUUCUCUUUGUCAAGGGAGGCUAAUGAAUAUGACCCCGUCACAAGUGACUCAAUUGUAGGGAUGGCAACAAAACCCGAACCCACGGGUAUCCACCCAGCCCAACGCGGGUAAAAUCCAUGUUGACGGGUUUUAAGCUGGGUUUGGGUCUAAACCCAUUCACUAUUUGCCGUGUUGGGUUUGGGUUUAGGUAAACCCGACCCAUGGGUACCCGCCCACACCAAUAUAAUUAAUUUUCUCGGUAUAUUUAAUAUUCUAAACAACUAAUCUUAUUUAUGUUUGUGGAGACAUGUCUAAUUUUUUCUUUCUAAUUGUUUAGAAUGAAAUUGACGUUAGCUAGUGGAAAAUGAAGAAACUUAAUUGAAAGGAAGAAGCUUUCAAUUAAUCAUGUUAUUUAUGGAUAAUUUGUGAUUUGCUUCAAUUUACUUGAGUUUUCUAGAUUGGUGUUGAACAAUUUGUAUAGUUAGUUUGUGAUUUGCUUGAAUUUCCUAGAAUGUUGUUUUAAAUAUGGAUAAUUUGUAUUGAGGAUUGAUAUUUGACUUUAAUUUUGAUAGGAACUUGUUAUUGUAAAUAUUUUAAGACAAAAACCCGUGGGUACCCAUGAACCCGCGGAUACCCAGCGGGUUGGGUUGGGUUUGAGUUUUUCAAACCCAGUGGGUUUUACCCCGGGUUUUUUUCACGGAUAAACCCAUUGGUUUGGGUUUGGAAAAACCCAACCCGACCCAUUGCCAUCCCUACUCAAUUGUUAGAAGAUAUGGCCCUCAAUGGUUAUGAUUGGGGAUUGACGAGAAGCGGGCAGAGAAGCAAUGAAAGAGGAGUAAGAAGUGUGGGAUCAAGUGCUCCACUUGAGGCAAAACUGGAUAAGUUGAUCGAGGUAAUCCUCGAGGAUAAGAAGCACGGGAAGAGAGCGUGAUGUCGUGCGAUUGGUGUUCAAGAACGAACCAUGAGUUGGCGGAUUGUCAAGAAAUGAAGGAAGCAAGCACUCCGGAGGAACAAGUCAAUUUCGUUGCCAAUGCUAUGGGGAACAAACGGUAUAGCAAUACCUAUAACCCUGGGUGGAUAAAUCAUCCUAACUUUUCUUGGUCGUCCCUGACUAAUCCGCGACCCCCUGGGUUCCAAGGCCCUACGGGAAAUUACCAACCUCGGCCAACCUUCAUCAACAAAGGCCGCAAUUUCAAGUCUCGAACUUCCAACAACCUUAUCAAGUAAAAGGUGGACAAGGGUUUCAACAACAACAACAACCCAACAAGCUAUCCAAACUUGAAGACCUUGUGAAUACUGACACGCUAAAACACAACACCAAACUGCGACCAAGUGUAAUCGCAGUCCGGAAAUGCAAUAAAGUGGCAAGUUCUAAUUAUCAACCCGGGGUCUAGAUCUACUACCUACUCCGUGAAUAUCUAUUAUCUAGCCAACUAAGUCGAUUGAUUGUGGUUUUAACUAAAAGCAAUAAGAAAGCAGGAAAUGGUUCGGUUUUCUGAAGCAAAGGGAGAGUCACUCGGGAAUGAGUCCCCCUAGCUCCUUAGUUAGGUCUCAGUUGUAAUUACCCUGGGUUGAUUUACUGUUGAUUAAACUGCUAAAGAUCCGACAGUAGCUUGGAAUCUCUUAAGCUGACCAAGCCCUCUCAGUCCAACUACCCGGCAGACGACUAGUCUUCACCGGGGUAGAAAGCUGAAGCAAUAAGCACAGAACUCCACUACUGGAAUUGGGUUCCAGUACAAAGCAGUAGAUUGAUUAACUCUCGUAUAACCAAUCUACCACUACUGAAUGAUGAAGCUCUCACAAUCUAAUCAGAUUCUAUCUAUCUCAGGUUGCAGCAGAAAUCAAGAAAAGAUGAUCAGACUUCAAUUGAUUCAAUGAAUCAUGCAUCAUUCG